CACCGUUUUAUCGUGACGCAAUCCUGGGUGGAAAUGCCCAGGGCCCUUUCGGCGUCUGAGGAUGAGACGCCUCGGGGUUUUCAGUCGUGCCAGUACCCUCGCCAGUGCCGCAGUGGAUGAGAUAAUCCCUCUGGCCCUCCUAAGCGACAAGGUUAAGGAUAAGAAUAACAAUUGGAAAUAUACUGCCGUUGUUCAACAAGACAAGUCGCUGAUUUCUAAAGUGCCGUUCUUUUGUUGUUGUUGGUUUUUGGUGUUUUUUUUUUUUUUUCUUGUCAUAAUGAGGCCUUUAUCCCUUCUGGCAUUUUUGGUGUUAAUGUUGACCAUGGCGUCGAGUACUCGGGCACAAACGUGUCCCAUGGGCACUUUGGGCGAUCAGUGCCGCUGCGAACGAGUUAACCCUGGCACUUUCAGGAUCACUUGUUCUUGUAAAAACGGACAGGACCUGGUCAUCUCCGACCGCUCGACCAUCGACCUGGCCUCCACCGUCAUCGGCUUCCACAUCGAGAACUGCAACAGCUCCGUCAUCGUGAAGUCGCACUCGUUCGACAACCUCUUCAGCCUGGAGAAAUUAAGCUUCCGUAACAUCUUCCACCUGAUGCUUGAGAGCCGCAGCCUGGACCUCGAGAACUACAACCCCAAGGACUUCCAGCUGAGCAUCGAUUCGGUCCUGAACCUAUCGCUCCAGCAGGAAGCCGUCCAGCUAGAGGGGCACGGCGGCUCGCGCAUGGGCACCAGCGUUACCAUCAGGAACUCUUUCGUCAUCGAGAUGGCGCCAGCAUCCAUCACGGGAUCCCUGAAGGAGCUGAAUUUCGAGAACCUCAUCUUCGGCCCACUGGUGCAAACCGAGACCGUCGACGUCGGUUCCAGAGGGUGUGCAGUGAGCCUCACGAACUGCGACAUCUCCAACUACGGCCUCAAUUCCGGCUGGCUCACCGGCCACGUGACCCACCUGUCGCUCGUGAACAACACCCUGACGCUGUUCCCCGACGCCUUCUCUGGCAUCACGAUGGUCGGGAGCAAGCCAAGCCUUACCUUGGAGAACAACGUCCUGGGCCAGCUCGGCAACCAGACCGCCCCCUCCCUUCCCUCGGGCUCACUAAACCUCAACACCACCGGCGCCGCGGUGAAGGUCAAGGCCACGAACAACCACGUGACGUGCGGUUGCGAUGACCUCGCCUGGCUGCUGGAGGAGCCGUCGACGCACCUCAAGUGGCAGGUCAGGUCAUCCCUGGUGUGCCCCAACGGCCCGAUAAAAGAGGCCAUUGAUAAGUGCACUCCAAGCGACACAAGUACGAGCUCAGUGACCGUGGCAUCCAAAACCCUUGGACUGGCAUUGAUUUUGCUGCUGCUUCUAAAAUGGAUGAAUUAGUCCCUUUUCUGGUUUUGAGGAUAUUAUUUUAUUAAUUAUAUCGUUAUGUACAGUCUGUUUCUUACUUUUAAUGCGUGUGUCAUUGUAUCAAUGACGAUAAGAAUAUAAUUAUAUUUUAUGUCACUGCUGCAUAUUUAUAACUAUCAAGCAUACCAUCGCUAUUAUCCCAAGUUGAAAUCGUACUCAUUAUAAGAAUGUUCACUUUCAUUAUCAUGUUUGUCAUCCCCUUCAGAACUUCUUUUUGUUUUAGGGAGCGUAAUUUUCACGUCAUGAAAAGAAUGGAGUACAAUGUUUUACGCUGAUUCAUUAAUUAUAUAGACUGUACUUUUGUGUUGGAGGAAAUGGAAAUCUUUCUGUAAAUAAAAGCGUUUUUUUCCUG